ACCCUCAAAGCACUUGUGCGCCUACAGCGCACGUACCUCUCCUUAAAGGCGGGGUGGCUUUAAACCCAGUUUUUCUUCAGCUCCUUUCUUUUUUUAAAUAAUAAUAAUCCAGCAUUAGUUCCCCCCCCCCCCCACUUCUCCCCCCUGCAUUUGGCCUUAGCCCCGGAGGAUGAGUCUCUAAGUCUCUCCUGGGGUCCUUCCCGCGUCUCCUCCGCGUCCUGUUCGUUGCACUCCGAAGCGCCAGUCCAGACUUCGUUCCCCAAAAUGUAUCUGGUUUUCUUGUGGUGCUCCUGCUGCCUUUGGAGAUGUUCCUUCGGGACCGGAUUUCUCUAUCAGUUCCCGGCAUCGACUCUGCAACACAAUUAUCCCGAGCAGAGCUCCGGGGGACCGGCGGCGGGCAAUGCCUUCGCCAAUCGUCGUCAUUGGUGCCACUACACAGUCACCCGGACAGUUUCCUGUCAAGUGCAGAAUGGCUCGGAGACAGUGAUCCAAAGGGUUUAUCAGAGCUGCCGGUGGCCGGGACCUUGUGCCAACUUAGUGAGUUACAGGACCCUCAUCCGACCCACGUACAAGAUAGCUUACCGAACAGUAACUGCUCUUGAAUGGCGAUGCUGCCCUGGUUUCACUGGAAGCAACUGUGAGGAAGAAUGUAUGAAUUGCACAAAGCUCACAGAUAUGACUGAAAGGCUGAAUAUCUUGGAAGCCAAAAUCCUUUUGCUUGAGGCUGCAGAACGAGCUUCACCUUCAGACAAUGAUCUUCCAAUGACAAGAACUACAGCCACUUGGUAUGAUGAUGUGGUGCCUGAUGCUAUUCCACUGGCUAAUCCAGGAACAGCCCUGAGGAAACCAAUGGGACCUGUUGGGCUUCCAGGACCAACUGGGAGACCAGGAUUGCAAGGGCCAAAGGGGGAAAAGGGAGAGAUUGGUGAAAAAGGACCGACUGGACCACCAGGACAACUUGGACCUCCAGGACCUAGAGGCUAUCCUGGUGAGACAGGGAUUCCUGGUCCACCGGGCCCACCGGGACCUCCAGCAUCUCCAAAUCUCCCAUUAACAUUUCAACAAGGAGUUCUUUACUCACUGCAGCCCAGUGGUGAAAAAGAAAAUGGAGAGCCACAGUUAGCCUCUACUGUCAUUGACACUAUAUUGGCUGGUUUGCCAGGACCUCGUGGGGCACCAGGACCCAUAGGGCUGCCAGGCCCACCUGGAUCUUCAGGCCCCAAGGGAGCACCAGGGCCAAUGGGAGCACCUGGACUACAGGGCACUCCUGGUUCUCCUGGACAGCCUGGGCUGAAGGGCCCAAAAGGUGAUCGGGGCGAAAGGGGGCCAGCGGGGCAGACUGGUGAAAGAGGCAUUAAGGGUUUUCCUGGUGAACCUGGUAAGAAAGGUGAAGAAGGAGACAGAGGUGCCGAUGGUGAAGGGGUCCAACAACUGCGAGAGGCCUUGAAGAUUUUAGCAGAGAGAGUGCUAAUUUUAGAACAUAUGAUAGGGAUUCAUGAUUCUUUGUCUUCCGUUGAACCAGGCUCAGGACAAGAUGUGAUCCUGGGCGCCCCGCUGCGAGCAAACACGAAAAACAAGCGGCACCAUUCGAAUCAGAUCCUUUCUUCACUUCUGGAUGACAGCAGACCCAGGGCGAAAAGUGACCAGAGGCAAUAAAACUUUAGUAAGGUCCAACAGCGAAGGCUUGAAGAGACCUCUGUUUAUUCCUGUUGGGAAGUCCUGCAGGUCAGGAGGAUGGAGCCAUGUCCAAUUGGAAUACCUUCCUUGAACUUUCCAUGAUCUUUUAAAAAUAUCCUUCACAUUUUACAUACAUGCUAUUUUUGUUCUUGUUUUGGGGCCCGUCUCAGGUGAUUACAAUAAAGUUCCAAUCCCAAGAAGUCUCAUGUGAUAAAGACACCAACAUUUGUAGAGAUGUCUGUAUAACAUCACUGAUGUAACCUGUCUGCCAUGGAGCCAGUGCUGCAGUCUAGAACAUUCUGGGAAUAACAUUCUAGAGCACACACACCUGAUCCACGAAGAGUGCGGAAUGUGUUUAUUGGCCCUACCAUUGCUUUGAAUGAAUGGACUAUGCACUGCAGAAAACAAUCCAAGUUCAUAUUGCAAGGGAGGGGGGGCAAUUAAUAGAAGUAAGCUGUAGUUAAUGAUCGCUUCAAGACUCUUACUGAUGUUCUAAUUGUAGAACUCACACCAAGCAUUCAAGAAACCUCAGUUACACAGUUGAGUUCGGUCUGAAAACCAAUGUUCUAUAUAAAUCUUCCUGUUAUCCAGAUUUGUAGUGCCUAGCCAAACUUGACUGAUCUUGAGAAGCUAAACAGAAUUGGUGAACAUGUAGAUUGGAGAUAACCAGAAAAUCUCAGAGCUGUAGGCUAGCUUGAGAAGUCAAACAAGCAACUGAGAAGAACGUAAUAGCAAUAGCACUUAGACUUAUAUAACGCUUCAUAGUGCUUUUAUAGCCCUCUCUAAGCAGUUUACAGAGUCAGCAUAUUGCCCCCAACAAUCUGGGUCCUCAUUUUACCCACCUCGAAAGGAUGGAAGGCUGAGUCAACCUUGAGCCGGUGAGAUUUGAACUGCCGAACUGCAGCUAGCAGUCAGCUGAAGUAGCCUGCAGUGCUGCACUCUAACCAUUGCGCCACCUCAGCUCUAAUGCCACCUCCUUAAAUACUGUUGCCAAGAAUAUUAUAUAUAUAUGGCUUAUAUAUCCACAGAGCCAAGCUCUAGGGAAUAUACAUACUUUCCUUUAAUUUCCCCCCAAAUCCAACUAGAUUUUUGAGUAGUAACUUUGAUGUUAUAAUCCAAAAUUAAGGUCUAUAAAACCAAUAAUGUUAUCAUUUUGCCAGAGUUUACCAUCUGUGGUUAUACUGUGGCUAAUUUUUUACCUGUAAGGUGUUUUUUUAGAUUCCUUCCUUAUUUCACUUUUUACUAAAGUUCAUUUGGACCUGUUAUUGAUGUAUAUAUUGAUAAUGUUCCUAUAACCUUCAUAACUGAACAAAUGAAUGAAAUUCCACAGGCAAAGUGUGGAGAAUUGCCUCACCCAUUGGAUUUUAGUUCAACCAUGAGAUGUCAAUGGCAGAGACAAGAAUAGUGUGUCAUUCCAGCAUGUAAGGAAAAAAAUGAAGUGUCUUAUGGCAUCUUAAAUAUUAAUAAAUUUAUUGUCACAUAUGGUCCUGUAUAUCUCAGUCUGCUUCAUUAGAUGUGAUCAGAUUGUGAUGAACAAAAGAUUAUACAAUAGAUUUUCUAAGUUGCUACUAGACAUUUUUGGCUUGUUUGUUACAAAAGAUGUAACAUCACACCCAUCCUUCUAGAAUUGAAAUAUGUAGAUUUUUGUCUCUGUAUCUACUAGGAGGGACAGCUGAGGUGGUUUUAAGGCUUUCCAGUACUUAAGUAGAAUUCACAUAAAGUCUUGCAGCCAUACAAAUAGUUUGCUAACUGUAUAGAAGAUAUACCUUAGUUCAUUUACCGAAAUUGAAAUUCUUGCAACACAAUUCAGUGCAGCUUAUUAGAUUUUUAAAAUGUGUUUAUCAACCUACAACUUGUUAUAAGUUUGUCUUAGAGCAAUAGAAGGGCCUCUUUUAAUUAACAAGGAUGAAAAUUAAAGCACACUUGAUCUUUUUUUUAAUGCUACUUUGUUUAAGGUAUAUUAUCAUGGAAAAUGAGAAAGAAAAUAAUUUUUAUAAAUGUAGCUUAAGGCUGUUUCAAGGUACCGUUCCUAUAUUCUCUUUACUAAAACUUGUUUAAUAUUUGAAAGCUAUUAAAAAUUACAUUUAUUUCA